AUGUCGACCUCCCAGGCUGAGCAUACCCGGGUUCACCCGCGUCGGCGUCCCUUAAAGACAGCACCCCCCUCCCUUUCUGCUUCGACAUCGCUGGAAAGCUAUGUCGCGGACUCGUCAUCGUCGUCACCAAGUUUGAGUUUGAGGAAAGGGGAAACGUUCCAUUCACCUUCCCCACCACCCUCAGACGAUCUUGACCCGGUGCUUAGCUUUAGGUCUCUGCCCCAGCGCUCACCUACAUGCCCCAGAAGCCUAGAGGCCAUCGCCGUCCGAGAGCAGCGCAUGGUCGAUUACCUGAGCAACCUUAACCUCAACUCCUUGGAACCGUCUUCUCCUCUUUCUGACAAGGACAACGGAGACGACCUUCCUGUUCCUCGAGCCAUCCUUCAAGCCCAUAUCGAUUCUCAGUCAAUGGCGGACCGAGUCAGCAAACCUGCUCAAUCCUCUCAGCUACACACUCCUUCCAAGGUCCGCAAGACCCAUUGCCAUGCCUCGGACAGCGGACUGGGCACUUCCCUGAGUAGUGAGAACAUGUCGGCCUCGGAUAAAAGUAAAGUGAAAGCUGGACAGUUAUCAUUCGAAUCUCAGUCGUCUGCCAAAGCUGCUACUCGAAUGACUCAAUCGGCCAUCACCAGCUCUAUCUCGGCGUUUGAUGCUAAGGUAUCUCAGAAGCGUCAACUGGGAUUGCCUGCAUGCAAGCAUAUUGAACGCCUUGUCAUCAAGCCCAUCCUCAAGGAAGAGAGAUUGAAGCCGUUCCAUCCUCUCGUUCAAAGUAUCCCUCAGCGAAUUGUAGAUAGAGAAAUCGGCUGUCUCCGUGACCUCGAAAAGACACUCUUGUGGUUGGCACCGAACUACGCGGCUUCCAGAGCUUCGUACCUCCGUUUCUGCGAAUUUACGAUUCAGUGUCUUCAUACGUCGGUCUAUCAUCUCAACGAACGCGAUCAACGGCUGCCAGCAGACAGGCCUUACACUAACGGCUACUUCCUUGAUCUCGUCGCACAGAUUCGCCGAUAUGCAGCUAUGAUUAAUGAGUCCCGAAGCAGCAUGCCUUCAAAUGGAGAACCGGCACAGGCCAGUGCAAAGGCUAGUGCUCCAAAUGAACGUGUUACCCUGGAGGGUGGUUUAUCCAAGACCGGAAGACCAGCUGAACUCUUGGUUCACAAGGAUGGCGAGAUGAUCUCGCUGCGUACGGGCAAGCCCUACGAGGAGAAUGCCGUUCCUGCGAUGAAGCGUUCUCUCAGCCUUCGCUCCGUCGAUGAGGGUGUUGAGCGUUCCAUGGCUCGUCGCAAGAAGAAUGCACCUCCCAUGGACAUUAACCAGAAGUGCAAAGACUGUGACAAGGUUUUCAAAAGACCUUGUGAUCUUACGAAACACGAGAAGACGCACUCUCGUCCCUGGAAGUGCACCGAACCUUCCUGCAAAUAUCACGAAAUUGGAUGGCCAACGGAGAAAGAGCGAGACCGCCACAUUAACGACAAGCACUCCAGAGCCCCCGCUUUGUACAAGUGCAAAUUCGCGCCAUGUACCUACUCAUCAAAGAGAGAAAGUAACUGCAAGCAGCACAUGGAGAAGGCUCACGGCUGGGAUUACGUUCGCUCAAAGCAUAAUGGCAGGAGCAGCAAGAAGGCGUCCAACGGAGCCACGCCCCAGACUCCCAGCAUUUCUACCCCUAGCUCGAAGGCUCAGGACAUUGCAACACCCCUUACCGGUUCCGAACCCUCGCCGUUCGAACCCGUCACUGCUUACCCUCCGAACCCACCGUUUUCAUUCGCGGAUCCCCCUACCCAAACAGGUAGCGGCGAUUUCCCGCUUUUCACUACCAAUAGCCCAUUUGAGGAUUUCGCCGCUGGUGUAAAUGGUUUCAGCCCGCUGCCAACGACCUCGUUGGACUUCCAAGCGUUUCAAUCCCAGCUCGAGGGGGCUGACCCUAAUGGCCUCAUUCCUCUGACUUUCGAUCGUCAAUCAUUCGACUCCGCGUCUCCAGUGCCGGACUUGAUCAAUGGAACUAUGGGAUUCGAUACGUCGCCAAUUGCAUCCACCGACAGCAGCAGCCUGAACUUCGACCUGGCAUGGAGUCAGCUUGACGCUCAGAAUGUCGAGGAAGAGUUUACGACUCUGACCAUGCAGAUGCUCACGCCAGAGCACUCGGUCCCGAUGAGUGCCUUGAACUCCUUUUCUCGAGACCCCUCCAUCUCGAACCCCUCUCCGCUCCCGGUCCAGAAACGAGAGAAUCCGCUCUACACGCCCGACUCUUGCCAUGUCGAUGAAGGCGUCUCGGAUGUUUUCGAUCCCAGCUACCAGAAUAAGGCAGAUUUUAUGCUUUUCGACCAGAAUGCCAACUUUGGGGCUGGCUCUGUCGAUAUGUCGAGUACUUGUCAUCUCUCCGCGCUUCACAACGCGAAUCAGAUGUUCCCCUCUCUCAAUACCCAGGAUCUCAAUUAUAUGACCCAAGGGUGGCCUCAAGAUAUGGAGAUGGAACAUUUCUAA